GCAACUGCAGUGUUGUCCUCGCGCUCCGGUCACGUGCUGCUGUGUUUACUGAGAGCUCUGCAGCAGAGAGAGAAGCUAACGGCUAGCAGCAGAGAAGCUAACGGCUAGCAGCUAACAGCAGAGCUAACGGUCCUCUGGGGAUAAAACAGCACCGAGAGGAGCAUGAGCACACCGGACACACCCGGUGCAUUAUGAGCUAACGGAGCCGGGAACAGGUGUGUGUUGUACCAGCAGCAGGAUGCCAAUCCCUCCUCCACCAGGGGGACCCCCUUCACCCCCCACCUUCAGCCAGGCGAGCAGCGCCCCCCCCCUGCUGAGUGCUGAGGAGGCUCCGGACCGCCACCCCCUGCUGAGCGACCUCCUCCUCUCCUCCAGGCUCAGGACGGUGUCUCUGGUGAACGACCGCAGCGCGCCGAUGCUGGACAGUAAGAGCCAGACACAGACUGAUCACCCAUACAUUCGCUUAUACCAAUACCUGCAGCAGCCGCACGGCCAGCAGGGGGCGCCGGAGAACACCAGGACAACGUUUGAACUAGAGA